AAGCCAGCUGUCUGGGCUGCAGGUUUACACUCUGCAAUUGAGGAGCCCUUCUGGGGAGAUAGCAGCUUGUCAGCAUGGCUCAAGAGUUUGUGAACAGCAAAAUCCACCCCGGGAAGGUGGUUGUGUUCAUCAAGCCCACCUGCCCCUACUGCAGAAAGACCCAACAGAUCCUCUCCGAAUUGCCUUUCAAACAAGGGCUUUUGGAAUUUGUCGAUAUCACAGCCACCAGCGUCAUGAGCGCAAUUCAGGAUUAUCUCCAACAGCUCACAGGAGCAAGAACAGUGCCUCGAGUUUUUAUGGGUAAAGAUUGUAUUGGUGGAUGCUCUGAUCUGAUAGCUUUGCAACAGAGUGGAGAGUUGUCGAAGCAGCUAGCAGAUAUGGGGGUUCUAGAAUAAUUACAGAGCCCCCAGGCUGAUGUCUCCUCGGGAGCUGGAUGGCAUCACAAAUGAUGACAGAAUUUCCUGGUGGAUGGAUCUGGGACUGUUCUUUCCUGGCUACAGCAACUGUUUACUUAAAAAUCUGAAAUACCUUAACCAAAAAAAAAAAAAAAAAACGGGGAGGGAGGGAGGAGGAA